ACGCAGUGCGUGAAGCCUUGUGACUGCUGCAGAGAGCCCGCCGAAACCCAAUACGCCAUACUGCGGGGUAUCGGAACUUGGUUGAUUAAUGUUAUCCAGUCUUCCCUCGUGCUUGCCUUAUUAUACUUGCUUACCAGUCAUUUGUGGAGCCCUCACGCGCCGACCCUAUUCAAAUCCCGAACGUUCGAAACCCCUCACUUAGAAAUUUAACCUCAAAACUCAAGACUCAUUCAACCCUCAUGAUUCGGAAUGGCAAACCAAAAGAUUCGUCUCGCGACUGCCUCGCCAGGGACUCAGGCUACCACUAAAGAGACCGUCGCUCAACUGCAACAAAUCGCCAAACGAGCAGCAGCAAACAAUGCCGAUAUCUUGCUCCUGCCCGAAGCUUACCUAGGAGGUUACCCACGAGGAUCAGACUUCGGAUGUAAAGUCGGCGCUCGCACCGCAGAUGGGCGCGAUGAGUUUCUGCAGUACUUCAAGGCCGCCGUCGACUUGGGUGACACUGUGGGUAAUGGAGCCGGGGCCGGCGAUGCCUGGGUGAAGAGACGACUUGGAGGCGGGAGCAGCAGCGAGACUGGGAACUAUUCAGAAGCGAUCAACGCGAAGGGUGAGACCGCAUCGCAGCGAGGAGAUGGUACCAGGGAGGAAUUGGAACGUAUUGCGAGGGAGACGGGGGUUUUCAUUGUCGUCGGGCUUGUCGAGAAGGCGGGCGGGAGUCUGUACUGUGCCGCGGUUUACGUAUGCCCCAAGUUGGGUAUCAUUGGGAAGAGGAGGAAGGUCCAACCUGGAAAGUGUCUGAAACUGUCAUCAGAGGAAGGGUCAUAGAGGCGGAGAGGAUACAACGAUAUCUGGAACGUAGCGAGAAAACUCUUUCCUGAUUGCUCAUUCAACUGCCCGAGGGUGAGACUCGGCCAUCUCUCAUUUCAGUCUAAACACCAUCGCCACCUUUGCGAGCCUCGCUGAGUCCGCCUCCAAGCAUACG